UAGCUUACGGCUAGAAUUAAAUUAAAUUACAAAUAAUUUGGUUGCCGUGUUAAAUUUUAAGAAUGUCUGAUUUCGACUCUACAUCUUCGUCUAUAAAUGGUGAUAAAGAACUGCAAGAAUUUUUAAUGAUUGAAAAACAAAAAGCUCAGGUCAAUGCCCAGAUACACGAAUUCAAUGAGAUAUGCUGGGAUAAAUGCAUUGGUAAGCCCGGCUCCAAAUUGGAUAGUUCAACUGAAACUUGCUUAACCAACUGUGUAGAUCGUUUUAUUGACACAUCCUUGCUGAUAACGCAACGUUUCGCUCAUAUGCUACAGAAACGAUCAAGUGGCAUGUAAAUAAUAACG